UGGUUGGUGGUCACUGAGGUGCUGAGAUGAGGAUUGUAAACGAAGAAAACCAUCUCAACUGGGAUCAUCAAUGAAUACAGCUGUUACUUCUCAGGAAACUUCUAAAAAUUUAAAUUCUCCCCGACUUGAUCGUCGGUAGGUUAUUAAUGCAGCUAAUCUUCAAAACAUUAAAACCGAACGAGGAAAACGCAAUGCAUUCCCCACAAAGAAAUGAAAAUGAGGGAGUCGGUGUUAGUCCUAUUCAUCUUUUGCUCGCUUAUGAGCUGAUUUCAGCUCUUAGGUUGUUGACCACUAUGUAGUUUUGUUUUAGAUCAAUAUUUAGGCAAUGCGUGGUUACUCGUCUGAUCGCUUUAAGGCCUGAAAAUCUAAGUGUUAUGAUUAUCGUGUGUGUUUCGUCCAAAUUAAUCUCCAAGUAAACCAGGAACGCAUGAGAUUUAAGCAUAUUACCACUUCCAUUAUCAUAUGUACAUCCAGCGAAUUUUUUAAAUUUCAAGUUUCUCAUGGUUUGAAUAUAGCUUUGCGAGGAAACGCCUCAGGGCCUCAAGAACACCACUUAGUCAUAAGCUUUCUUCUUCAUUGCUCGCUUUUGAAAUUUAUUUCAGUCACCCAUCAGUCACGUCAUUCCUUAGAGCAAAUACUCUUAGUUAUACAAUGCCCUAUAAACUGAGACCAGCUCUGGCAGGAUUAGCCUAUUGAUUUAUUUGUAGACCUGACUCUAGACGACACAGUCGAGUUUGAAUUUUCAAAUCACAUUUUGUUUUCCUUCCUCCUUUUUUCACAGUUGGCUUCUCAGCAAUAAAAUAUGGAGAAAUGUAGAUUAAACAUAACCUUGGCCGCUGGUGCAGUUGGGUGGAACACAUUGGUGAACAACCAGUUACUUAUUGAACUUGCAAAAAAUCCAAAAGUGAAAGUGACUGGACUUGUGCCAAGCAGCACCCAGGAACAGAAAGAACAGGCCAAGAAGUUAAAUGUUGAACUUGUUGAUGGCCAAGAACUGGUUGGUUAUUCACAUAAUGAAAGCCUGAUUAUCCCACCAGAUUAUCUUGAAAUUGAUGUUUUGGUCAUGCACGCAUAUGGGCUUCAUGAGGGAAAACAUGCACAGAUCAUAAGGGCGGUUAAGAAAUGUAAAUGGUUUCACAUCAUCCAUACCAUUAGUGAAGAACUUGCUAAAUAUAUGGAUAAGAAAUAUCAGCAGGAGUUAGAGCACCAGCUACAGCUUAAACUGAGUCAGAAGGCAGACUGUGUGAUUGCAAUUGGUCCCAAAGUAGCAGACACCUUCAGAUCUGAGCUGUGUCAUUGUGGAAAGAGCAAUGAUGUCAUUGAUUUAACUCCAGGGAUCAUGAAGGAAUUGGUAGAUGUGCGACCAUUACAACAACCUGGAGAAAUGUUCUGCAUCUUGAUCAGUGCAACAUGGUUUGCAAAGUAUUACAAAGUAAAGGGGCUGGAUAUUGCGGCCAAGGCCAUGACGUUCUUGCGAGAGGUACCAUGCCAUCUGUUCUAUAUUGUCAACCCAGAUGAGGAUACUGAAGACCUCAUUAACCAACUCCUUCAGGAAGGGAUUGAGCUGGACCAGCUUACUGUGCGACCUUUCCAAAGUUCUAACUUGGAAAAUUGGAAGAGGCUGUUGUGUCAGGUCAAUCUUAUCAUUAUGCCAGCACGAACAGAGGGCUUUGGCACAACCAACCUCCGUGCUAUUUCUGCUGACCUCCCAGUACUUGUCAGCCAGAAUUGUGGUUUUGGAAUGGCUCUGAAGAAAUUACCCUCUGGAGGAAAACAUGUCAUUAGAUCAAAUAAACCCGAAGUUUGGGCAGAGAGGAUAAAGGAAGUCCUAGAAAAUAGCCCAGAAGAUCUGAUGUCAGAAGCAAAGAAGCUUCGCAAAGAGUAUGAGAAAAAAUACUGCUGGGAGAAGCAGUGUGAUGAUCUUGUUGAAAGAAUGCUUACAAUGUUUCCAAGCAAACAAGGUGUGUUUGAUUUAUCAUAGAUUCACAGAGUGCUUGUCCAUCCUAAGAGCAGGUUCACUUUGAGAGCUAGCUCCAAUAGCAAAAUUUAAUGUUGGUGAACUGUUAAUUUACCUGAAUUUGCUCUCACUCCAGGGUUUUUUUUCUUGUUUUCUGAAGAGUUUUACUAUCACAACUUUUUUGCUGCAUUGUGCAAGAGAUCAUUUCAAUGGCAUGAUAUAUCAUUCAAUAAAAUACCUACAAAUACCUUCAUGUAGUUGUAAGUUACAACUGUUAUGAUUGAAAUACAAAAUUACUGCAAAUAGUGAGUACUUAUAUUUUGAAAAAGCAAAACUAAAACUCUGCUUUUUAUACUUUUAACUCCAACUGCCUUUCACUAGUACUGUGUUUACAUCUUUUGUCCUUAAUGUAGUCCCUUUAUUGGGAGACACAGUGGCCAGAGGUCUGUGUUCAAGACCUGGCGGGUCAAUGUGUUGUAUUCUUGGACAAGACACUUUACCAGCUUAUUGUCUGGGAAGCCUGAGGAAAUGUUUUUUUUGGGGGGGGACCUUGCAAUGGACCAGCAUUCCAUCCAGGGGGGAGUGGUAAUACCCCUAUUUGCUUCAUGCUACAAGGAGACCUGGAUAAACUCUAGCUAUGUGGGCCACUAGGCUUAUAUACAGUCACUUUACCCUUGCUUUUUACUCUCUUAAUGUUACAAAUAGAGAGCUAGAGCAUGCUCAUUCAACCAGUGACAGCAUGUGUUAUAUCUGAACUUUAUUACAAUGUGGCUUGGGUUCAGUUUUCAAACCUGGUGUCUACCAAAUGUGGUUUCAUUUUGUUGUUGGUUUUUGUCCUUACUCAAGAAUUUUUCACAUGAGACACUUUUGUUUUCCUCCCUCCACAAAAAAAGAACAACAUUCCAACUCCCAAUUUAACAUGGAAAGAUUGAACAAAGAAACACUUUAUGGUUUGUUAUUUAUUUGUAUGUUUCAAUAUAUAUUUUUCAUUUUCAUAUUUAUAGUUGUUUACUAUAGGUACAUGGACUUUGAAUGUAUGGCUGUACCCUGAGCUGUGAAAAACUUACUAACACUUAGUUGCAACAAUUCAGGGGAAUUUAAAGAUCAUUUAUCAGGCCAAAGUCAGAUUGUUUUUACCAACUCAAAUAAAAGAAUCUCUUUUCUUUCCUUUCUUCAGAAGAUUUCAAACAAUGUGUUGAGCACAGCGAAGAGUUUGAUCAAGCAAGGGGUGGGUAUCCAGAAGUUCAGCAGCAUGAGGAGGUAAUGGUAUAUGAGGAGAGAGGGCCUGAAAAUGUCAACCUUAGAAGUCAGGAGCUGGGGCUUGCAGCAGAAAAGAAAAUCAACCAAACUAAGAGAAAAGCUGAUGUGGAUAUGAUUGAUACUCUCGAAAGAGGGGCUCAGAGACUGAGCCUUCUUACAAGAGAGUUUGAAAGUAAGAGCAAGGAUUACAAAGAAAAGGUUGAAAUUGUCCAGGAAGGGACUCAGGAGGUGGGCCAAGUAGCAGCAAAGGAGGUCAAGAAAAAGGGGAGUGGAUUUGAUCAGGUGGAUAGUACAGCAGCAAUAUCGAAUAGUGUUAAUGAUAGUGAAUCAAACAGAGAUCAGACAGGACAGCUUCUCAAAGUUAAAGAUAUUCCUUAUUCUAUUUUGAGUAAAAUCUGCAUGAAACUUAACAUAAUGAAUGACUUGUCUUUUAGAGAUUUUCGCCUGCUUGGAGAAAAAAUGGGAUUUGAUAAAGAUUUGACAAAAUUUUUAGAACAGAAAAGUAAUCCUACUUUUGAACUUCUUCAUUUGUGGCGUGAAAAUCCUGAAUCAACUGUGGAAAGUCUUUUAAUGAUACUCAAAGAUGAUGACAUGGGGAGAUGGGAUGUUGCAACCAUUCUGGAAGACUGGUUGGAAAAAAUUAGGGAUUGAGAAUUAGUUAGAAAUAAUGAACAGUGUACAAUAUUAGGGUGGUUUGGCAGGAGGAGGGAAAUAUUUCCACUGUUAACUAUAACUGAUACAUUGUACUGAUAUAUAGAUGAGGUGCUGAAAUAUUUUCAGUGGCAGAACAAGCAAUGUGAGAGGUGUUUUCUACAGUUAAAUUGUGAGAGUUAAUCGGUAAAUGUAAAAAUGUUAGCAUAAAAAGUACAAAGAUUGGACAGAUUACUGGAGCAUAACUGUUUUAGUAGUUGAGGAGUUGAAAAAGACUGAUAAACUGUGUUUUUAAAAACUUUUAGUUUUUGAAUUUGAAUUUGAGUCUUUUUGCAGUAGUCAUCAAUCCUAGGUUGACUAUAAGCACACAUGAAAGUCUUUGUAAGUCAUAAUUCAUGAAAAUUGACAAACACAACUGUGUAGCAAUCAUGAUUAGAGCAGCCAAAGUUUGUUUUCCUAAAUUAGCUGGCUUUUUAGCAUUUAUGUAUAGCUUGAGUAAAUACUUUAAGAAAAUGGUUCACAAACAAGGUAUCCAUGUAGUGGCUUCUCAACUGUUACCAGCAAAAAAUUAAUAUCCAUGAUUGAAAUAUCAUAAUAACAGUAACUCAAAAUAGAUAUUUGUCACUGAAACUGAGAGAAAAUAAAUAUGCACAAUUAAAUCCACUUAAUUGAUACCACCUAAAGAUAAGUUAAAACUAGUGACACAAAAGGAGAAGUCUUUGGUUUGAAAAUUUCUUUUUCAUGUAUAAGUGUAACUUAACUUUGGUUUUAUUUUAGAAAAGGUUGUUUUGUUUGAAAAUGUCACCUUUAUAAUAAGAUCUUUGUUUACAAAGGUUUCAUCUAUUGUAUUUAUAUCUGGGAAGUUUUGGUUGUGUUUGGC